CGGCAGCCAAGUCUGGUGAGCUCGUCUGAUCCACGAGAGUUGCGCAAAUGGAAGCGAGCCGGAAGAAGCCGAAGCCGAAGCCGCAAUUUUGGAGAUGGGCGGCGGCGUCAAUCGUGUUCAGAUUAGUUCUGAUAUACUUCCCCAAAAAUCUCAACUUCGCAACUCGCCCGGAAGUCUCAACUCCCGUCACCAGCCUCCGCCGCCUGGCGGAAGGCUACUGGUUGAAGCAGUCGUCAAUGUCGCCUUAUGCUGGCUCUAUGUACCACGGAUCUCCAUUGUUGCUCUCAGUUCUUGGUCCUCUCACUGGCAACAAAAUUGACGGAUUCUCUUACCAUCUAUUAUGCAGUUUGGUUUCGGUGGUUGCAGAUUUUAUCUCUGCUAUGCUUAUCCGUGCAACUGGUCAGAGUCUUCAACGGGCAUCUGAGAAGAGUUUAAAAUCACUGGGGCUGGGCAAGCUCUUAGAAGAUUCAGAUAUUCUACCCUCUGGAGACAUUGCUGCUCUUGUGUACUUAUGGAACCCUUUCACAAUAGUUACGUGCAUGGGUUUCAACACAACACCACUAGAAAAUAUGUUUGUAAUCAUUUCCAUUUAUGGGGCCUGCAAAGGACUUGCUCCAUUGGCAGCUUUUGGUUGGACCAUAGCAUCCCAUUUGUCUCUUUAUCCUGCAGUUCUAAUUGUACCAGUGAUUCUUCUAUUAGGCUAUGGUCCGGAUGCACCCCCAAGGAAGUUGUUCCUGCGGAUACAUUCAGCAAAAGACGAAGAUAUCAGCUUGAGUGAAAGCAAUACUAGCAAGGGUUUAACAAGCCAGAAAAAGGAACUAACCUCUUUUUCUUGGCGACCUGUUGUGCUCUUUCUUUCCUGGGCUUUCAUCUGGACUUCUUAUAUAUUGGUUUUGUGUGGCAUUUUUAUGAGAGAUUUUGGUGGUCUUCAAGAGAUGUUUAAAAGGACCUAUGGAUUUAUUCUAACUGUAAAAGAUUUAUCCCCAAAUAUAGGUGUCUUAUGGUAUUUCUUUGCUGAAGUCUUUGAUUUCUUCAGAAGCUUUUUUCUUAUAGUUUUUCAUGUCAACAUCCUCUUCAUGAUCCUGCCAUUAGCCAUGCGACUAUACCACAGACCCUGCUUUCUGGCUUUUGUUUACAUGGCAAUAUGUUCAAUGCUUAAAUCUUAUCCUUCAGUUGGAGACUCGGCUUUAUACUUGGGUUUAUUGGCUUUGUUUAUCAAUGAAUUAUCAGAAAUGCCAUUUUCUUUCUUCCUAUUCUGUGGAUAUGUGGGUGUCUCCCUUUUAAGCCCAGUAAUGCACAACCUAUGGAUAUGGAGGGGUACUGGAAAUGCAAACUUCUAUUUUGCAACUGCUAUGGGAUACGCCUGCUUCCAGGUUAUUUUGGUCGUAGAAAGUGUGAGUUCAACACUCAACCAUGACAGAAAAAUUACAAAGUUAAUUAAAACCUCAAACGCUUAAGUUUGGGCUUUUUGCAUUAUUAGUGUACUUCAUAUCAACAUAGUUUACAGGAAAACCAUCUAGUUGCAUUGUUGAACUUUAGUGCUGAUUUACGAUCUACCUUCUAAACUUCCUUCUUGCUUUCUUUAUAACUUCCCUCAAAUCUUUGAUUUUAUAUUAUAAUUUUUGUCAUGCACUUUGGUUUUUCAUAUUCAUAUAUUGGUGCAAUGGUUC